ACAUAAUAUAUAUAAAUAUAGCCCUUUUAUACUAAUAAAAAGUAAAUGGCAUCCUCUGGCUCAUAUGAUGGGAUGUUUAUUGGAGAUGGUGAACAGAAUGUGGUGAACUGGAAAUUAGGUACAAAGAUAGCAUCAGGUAGACAUGGCACUGUUUCCCAUAUGAAAAAUCUUAAAGACCAACAGUUAAGAAAGUAUGUAGUCAAGCAAUCCAUUAUAUCAGAUGACAUCAACAGAGCGUCUCUGGAAUCAAUAGACAUAGAAAUACGAGCUCUCAAACAUGUGGAUCACUACAGAAUUAUCAAAUAUUUUGGCUACAGCAGGACGGAGAGAGUUUUCUCCUUGUUCAUUGAGUUUAUGGAGAGGGGCUCCCUAGCAAAGUAUAUAAAUUCUCAGUUACAUGGUAGGCUUACUGAAGAAAAAGCUGCAAUGUUUACCUACCAAAUCCUUGAAGGCCUUGUAUUUCUACAUGAAUUAAAAAUAAUACACAGAGACAUAAAAGGUUCAAAUAUUUUGAUGCAAGAUGAGAACAAUAUAAAAAUAUCAGACUUUGGAGUGGCCAAAAUUCUAAACACAUUAUCGCAAGCCAACACACAAGGGAAAGGAACUAUAAGCUGGAUGGCACCAGAGAUGUUUAAGGAAGGAACACAUAAAAAAUCAGUUGAUAUAUGGAGCCUGGGAUGCACUGUUUAUCAGAUGGUUACUGGAAAAAUUCCUUUUGAAGGUUUAUCUAUCUUUCAAAUUUCACAAAGAGUCUCUAAAAAUGAACAUGAGUUGCCAAUGCUGGAAAAAUGCUCAGAUAUUCUCAAAGACUUCUUGUCUCAAGUUUGUAGGAAAGAACCCAGUGAGAGGCCAUCUGCAGAGGAUCUUCUGAAGCAUGAAUUUGUUAAAGGGUUCUCCGAAAUCAAAAGAGAAAACUCUCAAAGUUUUGAUGAUAAAGAUGGUGUUGAUAAUCUUGAAAUGGGAGUCAAUGAUUUAGCAGACUCGGCUACAGUGUCAAAGGAAGAAUUGUGGAUCAAACAAAACUAUUCAAAGCUGCUCAAGGAAAUGAAGGUUGAAGAUUUCACACCUGACUUGGUUGAGAAGGGAGUCAUUGAUUGGGAUGAUGAAGAGGAGAUUGAUAAUAAAGACUCCCGAUGUAAUAGAGUGAAAUGUUUAAUAAGAAAGCUCCUACAGUCAAGAAAAGAAGAAGCUUUAAAAAUCUUUUUAGCACUUUUAGAAAGUAAAUACCCUACUUUCGCGGAGAAAUGUUCAAGUUUCUGAUUGUCUUGAAAUAAUAAUACUGUAAUUAGGAUUUAAAUAAAUAAUACCAAUUUUCUUAGGUUUAGAGAAACUUAAAUUAUUAUUAUUUAAUUAUUACAAUUAAAUUAUAAUACUAAGAAUUACAUAAAUUAAUGUUAGCACUAUGCCCUGCAGCUGUACUUUCUGAAAACAUUUUGGUCUAAAAUGUAUUUCACUUUAUUUGGGAUUCACAUUUUACAACAAAUAGAACAUUGUAUUAAAAUGUGCUUAGUGUAUCCAGAUGGAAUUAUAUUUAUCUCCAAAUAUAUUAUUAGCAAAUCUUAUGCACUACUUUUCAGACAAAUAUUGGCUUAUAAAUCAGAAUAGAUAAUAAAUAAUAGAUGUUUGUAAGUUAAAGUGAAAAGUUAAUGUAUGAACCCUGAUGCUGUGGUAGAUGAAUAUGCUAAACACUAUAAAAAAGGGUAAAAAGUACCAUUUAAUGCCACCAACCUCUUUCAUUCACUAGUUUGCAGCUUUAGUCUUUUAUGGACUUGAAAUAAUGCAGCUUAGCCUUUAUUUUCUCUACCAACAAGUUCAUUUAAUAGUUACAAUAACGGGAAAGAAUAAAAAUUUUCAAAUUUUCUCGGCAACGCCUGAUUUACUGUUAUUUUUUUCCAAAUAAUGUUUUAUACCUUUAUAAUUGUAGAAAACAAUGCUGUGUAAUUCUGAGCUCAGUGUUUCUUUCAGACAUUUUCUUCCACGGGGGUCUUGAAAUUUUCUGGAAGGGUUGUGAGGGCAGACAAUUUUAAAAGUAUAUAUUUUCUA